CAUCCAACAACCAGCACCGAACCCAAGUCAUUCGCGAUCACCCCAUAGUACCACACGUCUUGAGUUGUCAGUCAUUUACAUUAUUUUACCAUUUCCAAGACGCAGCAACUUGUUCAAGAUGGCUCCGCCAAUGAUUGACCCCGCGCUCUUCGACCAGCUCAAAGACAACAUCGAGAAGGACAGCAGUAUUCGCAAAGAUCUUGAGCAGAUAAUCGAGGAGCUCAAUCAAAAUGUCUCUUAUACUCAGGGAGUGUUGACCAAGAUCCAUUCCACUCCUCGUUCGAAAUAUCCCGCACUUCUUUCUCAGGUUGAGAGUGGUAUCAAGAAGGAGCUGGAGACAACAACUCGGCUAGCCCAGUUUGCCUCGCAGUACCCUUACUACAAGUACAACUACAAGUGGGGCCGCACACUUCAGGAUGCCAUUGCUACGGUGCUCCUUCAUGCUUGGUUGGGCGGUAUGGGCAGCGACAGCAAGCCUGGUGAAGUCGGUCGUCUCCUGACUUUGGAGGAAGUUGGUCACGUAUUCGAAGUUCCGGUCAACCUCAAGGACCGUGACGCCUUCCACAUCACCAUCGAGGAGUAUCUCUUGGCUCUCAUCUCGGUCGUUGAAGACCUCAGCCGCCUCGCCAUGAACUCUGUGACAUUAGGCGACACAGAGCUGGCUGUACAGAUCAGUGGAUUCAUCAAGGAUCUACACGGAGGGUUCCAAAUGCUCAAUCUGAAGAACGAUAUCCUGCGGAAGAGGGUGGACUCGGUCAAGUACGCUGUGAAGAAGGUCGAGGAUGUGGUGUAUGACUUGUCUUUGAGAAACCUCAUCCCGGCUAAGGAUGCUCAGUAGAUGGCGAUGGAUCGCAUGUGUAGUCAGACACUUACAUGUUAGGGAUAUUUUGGAGGCCCUGAGGCCAAAGUUGAUGAGAGCUGUGUCGUUCUUAUAAGAACCAGCACGUAUUGGGUGUAGGCAUCUGCGAAGCGUUCGGCUAUACAUAGAAGCAGCGUUCAUCCAACAACUGAACUGUGCUGAACAGGGUUGGCUCUGACCAGCCUACCGAAAGA